AUGUUCCUCGAAGCGAGAUCGAUCAAUGGAUACUGCGACUGGCAACAGGCGGAGGUCGACGGCUUCCUCAGUCGCGACCCCGGUGCGAGAUGGACGCCCGCGACGAGUCCGACCAUCCCGCGCUCGCGGUCUGCGAACAUCCACUGGCUGCUUAACAUGCCGGAGAAGGCGAAUCAAUCUCAGGAUGGUGAGCCGGAGUCACAGAAUCACCGUCGCUCCGCCUCCACCGUCUCAGUUCCGGGCCAAGAUGUUCAACGUGAGGAAACCUCGGUUGACGUCUCGGAACCGGAAGGGCUAGGCGCUGAUGUUGUCACUGCAUCCUCUCCAGUAGCUGAGAAUACGUCGAUAACUGCUUUACCGACAGAUUUCGCCGCAUCAUUCGUGUCACCCUUCAACCCGACUGGCCAGUCAAGACCUCUCGGCGUUGAAGAUGGUCUUCAACCCAACGUUACCGACACAGAUCCUGGUUUCUCGCCCCUAGCAUUGAGUCAAACGUCUUUGCUCAACAUAUCACCUUUCGAGUGGUAUGAUCUGCUCGCCCAGGAUGCUAUCAACAAUCUUCAGAGGCUGAAUAGCCUGCCCAAUGGAGAAGUCCGUUGGGUCUUUGAUGAGAGCACCCUGUCCCGCAGACAAACUCCUCUGCCCGAGUCACCGAAAGAGAAUGAGAAUAACGGUAAUCGAUCAACAUUCGGUCAACAUGAUGUACCCGUCACUCCGCCAUGGAAUACCGCGGCGAACAUUGAGUUAUCUGCAAGCGAACUAGUCUACCUUCGUUAUUAUGUCGAGGUGGUCGGCCCCAUCCUCGAUCUUUUCGACCCUGACCGCCACUUUACCAACAUCGUUCCACACCUUGCCGUCCGCAACAUUGGGUUAUUGAAAUCUGUUUUGGCCGUUGCGGCCAGGCACAAGUCAUUAGGAUGCCAUCCUCAUCACCCUUGUUCUGGUCAACCCGCCUCUCUAGACACCGCUGAGGGCAAUCCAGCAGACGAGGAAUCAGCUCGUGUGGCGACGCAGUAUUACUACGAGACACUGCAGUACUUAUCCCACACGUUGCUUUACCCGUCUUACGCCAACUCUCACGAGAUUCUAGCCACGUCGAUCAUGAUCAGCACCUAUGAAAUGUUCGACUCAAACUCCGCCUCGAACAACGGUGACUGGGAACGUCACCUCAGGGGUUCUUUCUGGAUUCAACGCUCUCAAGACAACAACGCAGAGUCUUCCGAUAGCUUUAGGAGAGCAGUAUGGUGGCAGUGGAUUCGACAAGACAUAUGGGCGGCGUUUAGAUCCGGCCGUCGAACUCUGACGAUAUUUCAACCCCAAAAGACUCUGCAGGACCUCUCACCAGACGACCUCGCGAGUAGAAUUCUGUUCCUCGCGGCAAAAUGCGUGGCAUACGCCGCUCACGACGCAACCUCAUCAAUCCACGAUCUUCAGCAGCGAAUGGACCUUGGAACCCGUCUUCUACGGUCGCUAGAAGAGUGGCGAGAAGCACAACCCUCUUCAUUCUUUCCCAUAUCAGGGGCGGGAGAUGUAGAGGUCGGCUCCGGAGGGAGUCAACCUAGUUUAUCGUCACCAAACUCACAUCAGCACGGCCAAUCUUCGACCGAGGCGGUGACUGGAGACCCUCCGUCGAUAAAAGUGUUCGAACCCAUCUGGGUCCAUCCACCACGGAACGCUGGUGCCUUGCAGAUGUACCACUUUGCUCGGUCUAUGGUUCUCCUAGCCCAACCAUCAACGGGUGGUCUUAAUGUCUACAGGCGAAGACAGCGACUUCUCAAUGAGAGCCUUCGCAAUGUGUGCGGCAUAGCGGAGGCCUGCCAACAGAGUGAUUGUGCUAUGGCUUUCUUGAAUGUGCAGGUUAUCUUUGCAGUCGGCCAAUGUGCCCAGAACGAAGAGAAGCAGGCGGCACUUCUGAGGCUACUGAAACAAUCAGUAGCUGCCAGCAACUUCCCAUCAAAAGGGCUGACCGAGGAAUUGGGAAGGAUAUGGAAGGAGGGUUUCUGA